AUGCAGUGCCUGUGUGCGCCACGGGCUGCCUUGCAGUCUACUAGAAAACGCGGGAGCGUCAACAAGCGGCUCGUCUCAGGUGUCGGCACAAGCGCCGGCGGUAGGGCAUCGGGCGAGGCGAUCGGGAUCACGGCCGGAUCACUCGGUGGCCACCAUGGCGCGUCGAGUCCAGGAGGGCAGACUUCUCCGUCUUCGCAGUCGGACCCGUUCCCUUACUUUUCACGCUUCCUAACCGACCUGAACAAGACAGAGACGGCCAGCGGCUGGAUCUCAGAUCUCGAGCUUAUGCACCAUUACACUUCGGUGUCGUAUCGAACCUUCUCACACUCCUCCCAGGCGCAGAAGACGCUCCAGUAUGAUGUGCCAAGAGAGGCGCUCUCUUACCCCUUUCUGCUUCACCAACUCCUUGCCUUCUCAGCCUACCAUCUGGCAUACCUCCAACCAGACUGCCGCCAUGCCUACCUUAUGCAGGCUGCCCAGCACCAGAAUGACGCCAUCAACGGCAUGAGAGGAACUUUGCUCGGCACAAUCUCCUCCACAAACUGCCACGCCCUCUUCGCGUCUUCCAUCUUCCUGACGCUAAGCGCCUUCGCCACCUACCCCAGCUAUGAGAAGUACAACCCAACCUUCUCACCCAUCGACAGCAUGCUCGACAUCUUCACCCUGACAGACGGCAUGAGCGUGAUUCUGCGCGCUUCAGACGACGAUCUGCGCAAGGGUCCGCUGCGCGAAAUCUUCAUCCGCGGCCCCGGCGAGCCUCAGACGCCGGAACCGUCGCUUCAGCCCCUCUUUGAGCGGCUUCCCCGGCUCAGCACCCGGUUAGCCGAGAUCGGUGCCAUGGAGACCUCUACCGAGGGCAAGUACACCAUCAAUAACGCGGUAAUAGCCUUGAGUGAAGCUAUUGCCAAGGUUUCCACCAUGAACGCCAUGUCUGCCCCAGUUGAGUUUCGCGCGGUAUUCUUGUGGCCCGUACUCAUGUCAAGCGACUACCUCGACAUGUUGCGGCGCCGGCAUCCCGCAGCUCUCGUCGUCUUGGCUCACUAUUGCGUCAUUAUCAACAUGGCAGAACCGUUCUGUUGGUUUCUGAACGGCUGGGCCCGAGCUCUGUUGUCCAUCAUCUCGGAACAGCUUAUGGGCACGGCGUGGGCGGAGCUCAUCAUGUGGCCCAUAGAGGUCAUCGGAGUGGGAAGCUACGAGUUACAGAUAGAACACAUGGCGCACGCCAUGCCUGUCGUAAUCUAA